CGAGCGAGCAAUAAAAACACCUAAUUCCCCUCCUCUCGCCCUCUUCAAAGCCACCUCCGGCUCCAUCUCAACCCAAAUUGUGUUUCGCAAGGAUCAUGAGAUAGGAAUACGGUAAAUUUUCCCUUUAUUUUUUGUAGAGAUUUGAGCUUUUCAUCUGGAGAUGGGAUCGGAAUCUUCGGACUCAUUGCUUUGAGGGAUUCGUUCGAAAGAUCGGAACUUUCGGGGUUUUGUCCCCGGAUUCUUUCGUUUCUGAGAGAAAGUUUGGAUCUUUGUUGUUGUUCUUGUUCGAUUUGAUGCCUUCUGCCAUAGCGACGGCGUCGUCGUACUGGUGCUACCGGUGUAGCCGCUUUGUCCGGGUGUGGCCGCGGGACGCCAUCGUCUGCCCCGAUUGCGAAGGCGGGUUCUUAGAGGAGGUGGUGACCCCUCCUCCCCCCGUCCCCGCAGUUGCUGAGCCCCGUCGCCGCCGGAUCCCCUCUGCAGGCGCACACGCUCUCGGCAGCGACGAGUCCUCUGUGGCUGCUCACCCCCGCCAGCUCUCCGAGCUCAGGUUCCAACGCAACCGCCGCACAUCCGCCGGUGACAGGUCCUCCUUCAAUCCGGUAAUCGUCCUCCGCGGCCCUUCAGACGGCGCCCGUGACGCGGAUCGAGCCGCCGCCACCACCAGAUACGAGCUCUACUACGACGACGGCACCGGAUCCGGCCUCCGCCCCUUGCCAGAAAGCAUUUCGGAAUUUCUGAUGGGCUCCGGCUUUGACCGCCUCCUCGAGCAGCUCGCCCUGGUCGAGCUCAACGGCAUCGGUCGCGAGAGGGGAUGCGAGCAUCCACGGGCGUCAAAGGCCGCCAUCGAGUCAAUGCCGACAAUAGAGAUCGUUGGUGACCACAUCGGCAAAGACUGCCAUUGCGCCGUCUGCAUGGAUUUGUUCGAGCUGGGGACUGAGGCCCGUGAGAUGCCCUGCAAGCACAUCUAUCAUCAAGAUUGCAUCUUGCCGUGGCUUUCGCUCCGGAACUCUUGCCCUGUUUGCCGCCAUGAGAUGCCGACAGAUGCGCAAGGAAUAGGGACACCGGGGGCAGAAGGCGAUGAACAGCCUUCUGCCCCCAGGAACGAUGAGGAGUCGGUGGGGCUGACAAUAUGGAGGCUUCCUGGUGGGGGGUUUGCAGUUGGGAGGUUCUCUGGGGGCAGGACGGCGGGGGAACGAGAAUUUCCGGUUGUUUACACUGAGAUGGAUGGUGGAUUCAACAACAGUGGAGCACCGAGAAGGAUCUCGUGGACUUCAAGAAGGAGUAGGACAAGAGAGGGCAGAGGAAUUGGUCAGGCUAUUCGUAGUUUCUUCUCAUUUUUUCGGCUGCCACGAUCGACUUCCUCUUUUUCACGGUCCAGCUCAGAAUCUCAUCCUGCAUCUUCUUAUAGGCAUGAAAGGGAUUCAGUUUUCAGAAGGCGUUCGUGAAGUCGAGGCACCAACUGGGAUGGAAAUGCCAAUGACAUUGCAUGAUGACGGUAUACGGAAAUGCUUUUGUUGUAAAUAGAUCAACAUCUGAUUUGUAUCUCUUUAAACUUGUAUCAAUUUGAUGGAAAGAAUCAACUGCAUUAUCAUAAAAGAAAAUACGUGCUCUUAAUAUUUUGGUGGCUCAA